CCAAAAAAAAGAAAAAGAAAAAAAAAAAAAAAAAAAAAAGAGAGAGAGAGAGAAAGAAAAAGCUAUCUACGUUAUACUUCUCUCUCAAUUUCCCAUUGAAGCGCACUCCAUUGAAGCGACCCCUGAUACUUCUAUCUUCCAUUGAAGCAGCUUCUGAGUGGUAAUUCAAAAGGAAGCUGUUGGUACAAUUCACGAGGUUUUGACACGUUUAAAAUAUGAUUACUACUCAGGUUAACAAUGUGUUUUGCCCUAAGGCAUAUGUAAAUGUAGUUACUAGACACAAUGUGAAGGGGCUUCACCCUUUACCUUCAGUUCCUGUAGCAUUUGUCCGUUGUCCUCCUCUAAAGUUUCAGGCUCCCUUGAAGAUCUCAACCAAUGCAGUGAAAUGCAAACAGAGUAUGCCAAUUUGUUUGUCUGGCGGGGAAGCAAGAGCUGGGAAUGGAAAUCAGGAACCUCUGUGGAAAUCUUUUGGAAAAGCCAUUGAAAAUUUAGGAAAGAAACCAUCAGUGGAGGAUUUAUUGAAACAGCAGAUUGAGAAACGGGAAUUUUAUGAUGAAGGUGGAAAUCCUCCAGGAGGUAGAGGUGGCGGCAGUGGUGGAGGUGGGGGUGGUUUUGGUGAUUUGGGUGGAUCUGAGGAAGAAGGCUUCUCAGGAGUACUAGACGAGACUGUACAAGUUAUCUUAGCAACAUUUGGUUUCAUCUUUUUGUACAUGUAUAUCAUCAAUGGUGCUGAGAUGACAAGGCUAGCCAAGGACUACAUCAAAUAUGUGUUUGGAGGAAAAAAGAGUAUUCGUUUAUCACGUGCAUUGUAUCAAUGGGAGAGCUUCUGCAAGAACCUGACUGAAAAGAAGGAGACAGACAGGUAUUGGUUAGAGAGGGCCAUUAUCAGAACCCCUACCUGGUGGGAUUCUCCUGAAAAGUACAGACGCAUUCUCAAAGCUUACGCUGAAACGCCAUCUAAUUCCAGGGACUAUGAGCAGGAGCAUGACCAUGACCAUGACCAUGACCAUGACCACGACCACGACCAUGAUGACUCCAUGAGUGAAGACUUUUAAGAAAGUUGCUAAAUCAACUUAAGGAUUAUAUUUCUUUCCAGGUGGCAUUCUGGUUGUAGCUAUACUGAAUGCACAUAAAUUUGGUAGGAAUGCUGGUAUUUUUGGUCCAAUUAGUAUUUUUUUCUAAAAUUCUAUUGCAUGAAGAGGCCGAAUGGCUCAUAUAGCAUAUGUUUAUUUAUUUUUUUGGUAUUUUGUGUACCUUUGGUCCUA